UACCCAAAUUUCUCCAUGGCUUCAGAAUUAGGUCAGCUUCAUUUUGUUUUGAUACCCUUAAUGUCCCCCGGCCACCUUUUACCGAUGAUGGACAUGGCUAGACUGUUGGCACAGCAUAGGGUGAUUGUUUCAAUUGUUACCACACCCCUUAACAGCAUCAGAUUACAGUCCAGCAUUGAACGUGCUAUGGAGUCUGGUCUCCACAUCCGACUUCUCCUGCUCCAAUUUCCAUCAGAUGAGGCUGGCUUGCCAGAGGGGUGUGAAAACAUGGACCAGCUUCCUUCUCGAGACUUGAUCAAGAACUUUUUCAAGGCUGCUAGCAUGCUACAAAAACCAUUUGAGCAACUCUUUAGUGAAUUACAACCCCGGCCUAGCUGCAUAAUAUCUGGUAAGAAUCUACCUUGGACUGUUGAAACUGCUAUCAAGUUUAAUGUUCCAAGGAUUUUCUUUGAUGGGAUGGGUUGCUUUUCUUUCUCCUGUACUCAUAGUCUAGAGGUUUCCAAGGUGCAUGAAGCUGUCUCUAAGUUUGAGUCCUUUCUGAUACCUGGCUUGCCUCAUGGAAUAGAAUUAACAAAAGCUCAGUUGCCUGAAAACCUGAAUCCUGGCUCAAACGAUUUGACAAAUGUUCGUGAUAACAUUAGAGCAGUUGAAUUAAUAUCUGAUGGAAUUGUGGUCAAUACUUUUGAAGAACUAGAGACUGAAUAUGUCAAAGAAUAUAAAAGAGUUAAAGGAGACAAAGUUUGGUGUAUUGGUCCGCUUUCAGCUUGCAACAAGUUGAAUUCAGACAAAGCUGAGAGAGGUCAGAAGGCCUCAAUAGAUGACAACCAUUGUUUGAAGCCCUGGCUUGACUCAAAAAAACCUGGCUCAGUAGUUUAUUCCUGUCUUGGUAGCAUAUCUGGCCUCACAACUUGGCAACUUGUGGAGCUUGGUUUAGGACUGGAAGCGUCAAAUCAGGCAUUUAUCUGGGUUAUAAGAGGAGGCAAAAGGUCAGAAGGAUUAGAGAAAUGGAUUUCAGAAGAAGAAUUUGAAGAGAGGAUUAAAGAUAGAGGACUUAUAAUCCGUGGCUGGGCACCGCAAUUAUGGAUCUUGUCUCAUCCUGCAAUUGGAGGGUUCUUAACACACUGUGGGUGGAAUUCAACCCUGGAAGGCAUCUGUGCUGGUGUGCCAAUAAUAGCCUGCCCACUGUUUGCCGAGCAAUUUUUAAACGAGAAGCUGGUUGUGGAUGUGCUGGGAAUUGGCGCAAGUGUGGGAGUUGAGGCUGCAGUCACAUGGGGACUGGAAGAGAACUUUGGUUUAUUGAUGAAAAGGGAACAAGUAAAGCAAGCCAUAGACAAAGUAAUGGACAAAAGCAACAUAGGAGAGGAAAGAAGCAAAAGAGCAAAAAAGCUCGGGGAGAUUGCAAAUAAGGCUAUUGAGGAAGGUGGAUCCUCUUAUCAGAACAUGGAAAUGCUAAUUCAAUUUGUUCUUCAACGAACCAAAGGUGCCCAAACUAGUUCUUGAGCAAGAUCAAAACACACCAUUUCUUUUCCUUGUUUAAGAAGAGAACGCUUGAAUGAAGUCAAAUGAAAAGCUUCACUACUACUUUCACAACUAAACCUAGUAAAUCUUGUGACAGAACAUACAUAGUCAGUUGAUAGUAAAUCUGGCUAGAUCCGUUGAGUCGGGUUGGGUUCAGAUCUAAUUGCUUGAGUUUAAACAUAUUUCUCUCAUUAUAUCAAUGAAAAGAGAACACUUAUCUGAAACUGGUACACUUUUGCUUUC